GACGGCCUUCCAAACCUCCAAGACGGUCCUCCAAACCUCCAAAACUGCCCUCCAAACCUCCAAGACGACCCUCCAAACCUCCAAGACGGCCCUCCAAACCUCCAAAACGGCCCUCCAAACUUCCAAGACGGCCCUCCAAACCUCCAAGACGGCCCUCCAAACCUCCAAAACUGCCCUCCAAACCUCCAAGACGACCCUCCAAACCUCCAAGACGGCCCUCCAAACCUCCAAAACUGCCCUCCAAACCUCCAAGACGGCCCUCCAAACCUCCAAGACGGCCCUCCAAACCUCCAAAACGGCCCUCCAAACUUCCAAGACGGCCCUCCAAACCUCCAAGACGACCCUCCAAACCUCCAAGACUGCUCUCCAAAUCUUCAAGACUGCCUCCAAACCUCCAGAACGGCCCUCCAAACCUCAAAGACGGCCCUCCAAACCUCCAGAACGGCCCUCCAAACCUCCAAGACGGCUCUCCAAAUCUCAAAAACGGCCCUCCAAACCUCCAAGACGGCCCUCCAAACCUCCAAGACUACCUCCAAACUCCCAAGACGGUCCUCCAAACCUCCAAGACUACCUCCAAACCUCCAAGACGACCCUCCAAACCUCCAAGACGACCCUCCAAACCUCCAAAACGACCCUCCAAACCUCCAAGACUACCUCCAAACCUCCAAGACUACCUCCAAACCUCCAAGACGGCCCUCCAAACCUGCAAGACAGUCCUCUAA